UGGAACAGGUGUCUCAAAACGAUGGGUUGUUGCGCGUCAAGAAUAGUGGAUUAUAAAGUGAUUGUGUGCAUCGAGGUUGUGUGUAUGUUUAAUUUCCGUAAUCAGGAGAUGAUAAGACUGAUCUGUGAGCAGGUGCGUGAUGAAAGGCGGUAAAUAAACGAAAGAAAAGAUUAUUGAUUAAACUAACUAUAGUAAUUGUUCGUGAAAAUAAUGAAGAAAGUUUGAAAAUGUGUGACGGAAGAAGGCAGAAGUGAGAUUAUAGAAUAAUUAUGAAAAAGUUCAAUCACAGCAAUAAGGAUGAAAGUAGCGAGCAUUGCAACGAUGAGGCCAGCUCUGUGCUAUCAUCGUCGACAUCGGUGGAUUUGUCGGCUUUGGCACGCGACACCAAACGCAGCAAAUUUAAGGCUCGGCUGCCAAUGAUACAAUGGGCAACGAAAAAAGGACUACGACGCAACGAAAAGACUAAGGGAAAGGAUAAGAGUUCUAUCGCCGUGCCACCUUGUUGUGGCUUAAGCACUGCCAAUGAUAAAGAGAUUCAGACGGAAAAGCAAUUUUCCGACAAAUCUGUGCAAUGUGAUGAUGCUGCUUUUGAUUAUUUAUAUAGAUCUCAUCCCUCAUCGUCUCAUCGAGGGACAACAAUCGCACCCAUUAAUGAACGACUGGACAUAAUUAAUACAGGUCACCAUCUUGUGCAUGAGGGUCUCGGAUGCAGCUGCUGCUGUGUCCACCAUUACGGAUUGCCGACAAUGGCAAGUGUCGAUACUCAACCGUGGCCACGGACGCCAUUACACGACGCCCGGCGAAGGAGUCUUGAGCAAAGCAAUGUGGUUAGUGUUUUUCCGUACGGUGAUGAAUUUCCAUGUGAACCGGUACGGUUAUUCCGGAAGAAUAAUCUGAAUUCCCGCUCUAGUGAUAGUGGUCGGGGAUCGUGGAGGGAAGAUCGGCACGAUCAAAUCAUGUGCAAUAAGGUAGUGCUAAGAUCUGAAAAUCGUUUCGGAUCAUCUCCAAUUUUGAAUAGUGUUCCAGAAAAGUCUGAAGAUCGGACGAAGACGAAUGCGUAUCGGAAAAUUGGCCGCGUAACUCCAUUUAUAGCACACAAAGAAGAAAAAGAAGUUGAAAAUGGCCUUGAUGGUGGGAAGGAAAAUCGAGAAUUUCAAGUGGAAAAUGGACUAUCUGCCGAACUUGAGCAGCAAGCUUAUUUAGUGUUGGGUUUACACAAUCAAACUAAGAUACCAUUUCGAAGAAAAAUCUGCACACCUUUCAAUAAACGGAUUACGUUACCUCCUGAGCACUUUAAGCAAAUUCAGCCUUUGGAAUCUAAAUUCGAGGGCAAUAACGACAUCUAUCGUCACAGUUUGCCGAGCUAUGAUGCAAACCGGUUCGAUGGAUCCCAAUCAACGGCCGCCGCGUUACAUCCGGUGUCAUCGCACACAUAUCCAAUUUCGAGCGCAGUUGAUAGCAAUUCGAUUAUGUUUCGCAGCAACGCAGAUGAUCUUCACGAGCUAGGUAGAUUAGCAAAUUACAGUUUUAGCAGUUCAAAUGCCGCUGAAUCGGGUGUGAAUCGCGAUCGACUUCGGGCUACGCCGAGUCUGUACAGUAGAUUGAGCGGCAGCAUCCAGAACUUGUUUGUCGGCGGUCGCGGUCAGUCUGGUGUGACAGUAGGCGGCGCGCGGUCAGAUUUCAGCAAGAGUGAGAACAACCUCAGCGAGCUUAGCAGGCGACGGGGACCGGCAGCAGCAGGGCCACGCAAAGAUCGGCUGUUUUUCUUUGGAUCACGCGGAAAAGUGCGCCAACGAAGGUCGAACAAUUUCAACACCAGCGGAGGCGGAAGUUUCUUCACGUAUAACUACGACGACGAGGAGGAAAGUCGAUGGAAGAAGUACUUUAACUUCAAAAUGAACCUGCUGCGGAAACACAACAAAGGCAAGGUGGACAGCGGCAGUGAAGCUUCCAAAAGAAUCCAAGACCUGGACGGUGGUUUCUUCGAGAAGUUUGGCUCAAUCUUACGUCAAAAGUCAAUCAACCAUGACGAGAGCAUCGCGGGCCGGUUGGAACCGUUUCCGGAGGAGGAGGGCGUCGAGAGUGCGUACGCUGCGGCGCACGAAGCGAUGAUCGCCGAGCCGGCCGACGACAGCGGAAACGAAACGCUGCCCGACAGCGAUUCCGAGGAGCAGCAGGAAAAGCAGAACGAGUUCAUCGGGGAUGCCUUUGGGUGGAAUACAACCACACACACACACAACCGAGCCAUGAGUACGUACUCCCUGCCGCGGCUCCUCGGCGGAGGUGGUCUCAGUGGAAACCACAAGUUUAACAUGAAGUUUGGCACGCUCCGACUGACGAAAUCGUUCCGUUCCGACAAACGGUCCAAGUCGGUAGCGCGAGUCGAGAACGUGUACGCGUCCCAAAAGAGGGAACAUGACCACCGGCCGAACGAUCUGUACAAUAUGCUGCCGAUUCCGGUCGUGAGUCGACGCGGUACCCUCGUCCGGAAUCAGUUCCGGGGGGUGCGCAGGGAGGUCAUGGACCAGCAGGCCAGCAUGGUGGUGCACUCGAUGACUAUUGAGGAGCUGUACGAGGAGAUCCUGUUUGAAAUCAUCAACAACAUUGGACUGGAUGAGGAGUUGACGGAGGAUAGUCUGAUACAUUACGUACAGGAUGCAUUUAAAAUUGCCAACGAAAAGCAUGAAGACAUCAUUCGAGUGGCGCGUAACAAGGAGCCGCCGGAGAUUUGUCUCAACGUGGAGGUUAUCGAGGCCAAGGAGCUUGAGCCGAAAGAUUCCAACGGUCUGUCCGAUCCCUUCGUCACAAUGUACAUCGCGUCCAAUCCAACCCAUCGCUACAACACCUCGGUCAAAUCGGCCACGCUGGAUCCCGUGUGGGAAGAGCAUUUUUCGCUGCCAAUCGACGAGAAUGCGAAUGAUGCCAACCUCAUCGUGGAGGUGUGGGACUUUGACCCGGCCGAAACGGUCAAGGAGAAGAUGAAUAAGGUGUUUGACGUGAAGGGCGUCCGGGGCCUGCGAAAGCUGAUGAAGGAGAUCGCCGUAACGGCGUCAACCGGGAAGCACGACAACGAGCUCAUCGGACGCGCCAGCAUACCGCUAAAGUCGAUUCCGGCAUCCGGUUUGCUGAUGUGGUACAAUCUGGACAAGAAAAACAAACUGAAACGCCAGGGAACGAUAAGAAUAAGACUGAAUUUUAGCUCGCAAAAGAACAAUCAGGUAGCCGCCCAGGAACAUCGCCACUUGCUGCGGAUACUGCUCCUGCACGAGCUGGAGUCGUCCAAGGUGGCCCAGUACUGGUGGUCGGGUAAAUUCACCAUCCAGGGCGAAGCUGUACUGACGCAGCACUCAGCGCAAAGUAGCCUGUCAACUACCGCCGUAGCCUUCAUCCAAUGGUCCGUGUACACCGCAAUCCACCUCGAUCACCCUCUAGCUUUCAACCUGUUUGAUUCGCUACUCGAUAAACUAGUUCGCCCGAUCCAAACCCGGUCGGUUUCCGACGAGGAGCUGAAAAUGUUUUGGGAAGCCACGCGGAAGCUUCUUCCGUCCUGCUUCGCGGUUAUCCGAAAGAUUCGCAAGAAGACUGCCGGCGACAAGAUGGCCAUCAAGAUGCUAACGGAUGUGUUGCAAAUUCUUUCCAAGAUUUCAAUGCUGGAACCUCCCGAGGGAACUGAUUUGUUUCCCACCAGUCAGUACAGCUGGAUCAGACGAUCCAACGAAGGCGAAUCCGGUUGGGAUAUUCGCGAAGCGCUGGCCAGUGCGGUGGUUUCCGGUGCAGAGAAUUGGUUCAACAGCAUCAAAGAGGGACAGUUUAUCCAGUCAGGAUUGGACGAAGAUCGGCUGCAGAACUUGAUCAAAAUCAUCCAACUGGUACGAUCGGACAUCCAACGGUCGAUCGAGUACUAUGAUAAGUUCUUCCAAGAAAUUGUCCACUUCCAAUAUACCAAAGAGUUGUACAUCACUUACGAGCUCAAGCUAGCCGAGGUGAUCAAGCCGUGCGUGGAGGACAUCUGCCGUGGCCUGCGGCGUAUCGCCAUCCCCGAAUCAAACAAUGCCGUCAUUAAAGAGUACGAAGACAUCAACAUGGGAACAACCCUUUUCGAGCUGUAUCUGGUGCUGAAACGAUUCUCCACCCUGGGGCCAGCGCUCAGUCCGGGCGAGUCUAACUUUGCGAUUGACGAGUACCAUCGGUGGUUCACCACGGGCGUCACGCACUGGUUGGACAUUUCCGUGUACAAGGCGUUGAUGAGAAUUCACCGGGCGAUCGAGCUGGACAAACUGCAGCCGGUGGACGAAACGGUCAAGUACUCCUCGUCGGCCGUCGACACGUUGGCCAUUUUCUACCAGAUCAAGAUAUUCUGGCAGCAGUUGGCGUGGCCCGACGUUGAGGGCGCGUACAUCUUUGUGGCGAAGAUUGUUGAUGACAUUUGCCGGUGCUGCGUGUUCUACGCCGAUCGUAUGUCGGCCAGGGUUGAGAACUUGGGCGUCGUUGAAAACGUUUACGAGCGAAAGUUCCAAGUGACCCAGGAAUGGUGCCUGGCCAUCAAUAACAUCGAUUACAUUCGCCAGAGUUUGAAACCGUUCGCAUCCGAGUUGGGCGUUGAUGAUAUCAUCGCCAAAAUGGGGGACAUCCAAAGCCCGAUAGAAGCGGACCGUUGUGCCGAAACGUUGCGCGCUGUUCUAGAGAACGCGAUCGAUACGGAGCGCAACAAGAUUUUGGACUUGGUGGAAAAGUUGGCAAAGAAGAUGGCUCCGGCCAUGAGGCGUUUCUUGGUCGAGGGUGCCGAACUGUUGCAACAGGACUCCAACUCAAUGGAAAGGCUGAUGAUGUAUAUGGAAGAGUCGCUGUCUAUGCUGAACAGCGAGCUGAACGAGAGCAACUUUGAACGCGUGCUGGACGCAAUCUGGGGCGAGUUGACCACCAUCUUGUACGAAUUGAUCCAGAGUAAUCUCGAUAAAAGACGUCCUCCGGCAUUCUUUGCCAAUUUGCGCGACACACUGCACGUCAUGAUGGCGAGCUUCAAGAGCAAGCAAAACCUUGAGUCGGAAAACGCCUCGGACAAGGAAACGUUGGACCACAUCGAACGGCUGCUUCAGCUGCACGGCUACGAGACGACCGAUCUCAUUCAUCAGUAUUAUCUGGAUCGGCUGAAGGAGCAGGACAUGCACGAAGGUGACGGCUUUGGUAUUCUAACGGUUCAGUGCUUUUUCCGGGAGAACGUACUCGAGCUGGAGAUCAUGAACGCACGCAAUCUGAAACCGAUGGACACGAACGGGUCAUGCGAUUCGUUCGUGCGGGUGCAUUUCAUGCCGGAAGAACGGUUCGUUGGAAUUGCCAAACCACGCACCAAGGAACGCUCGAAAACGCUCUUUCCGCUGUAUGACGAAAAGUUUGUCAUAACAUUCACCCCUGAUCAGCGCAAUGUGAAGGACGCAAUCAUACUGUUCAGCGUCAAAGACAAGGAUCUGUUUGGAAUGUCCAAUCAGUACUUGGCUGAGUGUUACUUAAGUUUUAACGAUAUUGCCGACAUCACCGGCGAGAGUGGCAAAAUCGAGCAGAAGCAUUUGAUACUUACCCGUCCAUAUCGCCUUGAUACUGACUGUGUUCGAGCGUUGGAGUACCGCCAGGGCGAUAAACAGGCGAAAGAUUUCCUCAAGAAACUGCGACAGAAAAUGGGACAGUGAAUGAUAGUUACUCUAUAGCUUUUAGGGCCGUCAAAUUUGAAAGGAGUUCAACUGGGGGUGAGAUGCUCGACUGAUAUCGAAUCCCUAAUUGGCACCUUCAUAAUUUGAAAGCUGUUAAACGUGCCUAAAUAAUUCGAAUAUGCAACGCGACGUUUUUAUUUUAUAUGCCAUUUUCUGAAAAUAGAUUGUUCUUUAUUAUGACAAAA